AUGGCUCCACCUGCUGCUUCAAAGGGAAAGAAGGCCGUUAAAAGUCAAAAGUCAGUUCGACCAGGAGACAAGAAGAUUAAGAGAAAGGCUAGAAAAGAGUCAUAUGCUAUUUACAUUUACCGUGUCUUGAAACAAGUUCAUCCAGAUACCGGAAUCUCCUCGAAAGCCAUGUCAAUUAUGAAUUCUUUUGUCAAUGAUAUCUUUGAAAGAGUCGCUGCCGAAGCUUCAAAACUCGCUCAUUACAAUAAGAAAUCUACCAUCUCAUCCAGAGAAAUCCAAACCUCUGUUAGACUUAUUCUUCCUGGUGAAUUGGCAAAACAUGCUGUUUCUGAAGGAACUAAAGCUGUUACUAAAUUUACAAGUUCAAAGUAG